AGCUCCGCUUCUUGCCGCAGAUCCGGAUGCGGAAGGCGCAAUGAGCACUGACGUGCAGCAGAUCCUGGAAGCCGCUGACUUUGCAGCAAAAAAGCACAAAAAUCAGCGGCGCAAAGAUCCGGAGGGAACUCCAUACAUCAACCACCCGCUGGGUGUUUCCCGAAUUUUGACCUAUGAAGCUGGAAUUACAGAUGUGGUCACCUUACAGGCAGCACUUCUCCACGAUACUGUUGAAGAUACAGACACGACCCUUGCAGAGAUUGAGGAGACAUUUGGAGAGAAGGUGCGGCGUAUUGUUGCUGAGGUGACAGAUGAUAAGUCUCUUUCGAAGGAGGAGCGAAAGCAGCAACAGAUCCAACAUGCCCCUCACUGCAGCUACGAAGCUAAACUGGUGAAACUGGCAGAUAAAUUGUACAACCUGAGGGAUCUUAAACGCUGCACUCCAGCAGGUUGGACAGAGAAACGCGUUGAAGAAUAUUUCAUCUGGGCUUCCCGAGUCAUUGCUGGACUUAGAGGAACGAAUCAGGCCUUGGAAAAGAGCCUGGAUACACUGUUCAAAGAAAGAAACAUCCUUACCGGAUAACGUGUUUCUGUUUGGAAGAGAUGAAACGUUGAGAUAGAAGAUCGAGCAAUGCUUUACAAUCGGGUCUGUAAUUGUGAAACAAUGUUUUAAAUAACUAUCUUUCACCAAGGUAACAAUCUUUAAAUCUAAAUAUUCAGAAAUGUGCUUACAUUCAGAUUCACUUCCUGACAUAUUUUGUUGAAUUAAAUAUAUUGGUGCUGCUUAAUUCCCUGUUGUUGCUGUGAAUUCUUCUCUGUUUUCUUUAAAAUAAAGAUUAUUGUUCUGUUGGACUAGCA